CACACUUCCUGGUGGAGCUGCUCCUGCGAAGAAUAAAAAUACACUCCUAGCAAGCUAAGCUAGACGAGUUGUGAAAAAAAAAAAAAAUUAUGUCUGGCUGUCAAGUGGAUAGAGAAAGACUAUUUCUAAAAAUGGACGAUGUCCCUCGGUUUUCUGUCCAUUAAUAGCAGAAAACGUCCCCCAUGACCAGAGAGCCACCGGCGCUGGCGACAAGACAACUGCGACAGGGUUGGAUUGUUGAAGCUAACUAACGUCCCGGUAGCUAGCUAGCGUUAGCAACCAGGCUAGCCAAUAUACUGUAGGCCUUACGUGUCCUGUUUUUUCCCGUGGGCGUUGAGUCGUGCUGUUGACUUGUGGCCGGCUCUGGUCUACAACAAUGCCGCGGGCCCGUGUUACGUGUGCCGAAAGCUAACGUAUGAGCACUCUUGAGAUAACUGACAGCUUUACCAGGGCUAGCUCGCUAGCUGCAGUUAGCUGUGCUAACUGGUUAAGCUACGCGGUUCGCCAGUUGCCUGACUCCAUCAUAACUAACUCGGCUGACAAGAGGCUCACAUUAAGCUGGUGCAUCUUGUUUGACAGCAUAUGUAACUGACCAUAGCUAGCCAGCCGUAACAGUGUCUAUUAUGUCACUCAGCCGGCGACACGUUACUUAGUUAACGCGAGUCACACAAGUGUGCCAGUGUUGACAGCUAGCGUUAGCUAACGCUACAUGUCUUAAAGCAAGUCUUCGCACACUUUUUAUUCUUUUGUGAACCAAAUGUGAAGAGACGGUAACGCUGGCGUUCCUCUCGUCUGCUGUUCUGGUCUCUUUUCAGAAAGCUGCUAGCUGACGUUAGCUAGGAAUGUCUCUGACGUUACCGUCAACCGAUAUACUUGAAACAUCUCCUGGAUAUCCAUUCGAAGACAUCAACUAUGAGGAUAUUGAAGUCGAGGAGGUGGUGGGGAGAGGAGCCUUUGGAGUGGUUUGCAAAGCCAAAUGGAAAGGCAACGACGUGGCAAUCAAGACCAUUGAGAGUGAAUCGGAGAGGAAAGCCUUUAUUGUCGAGCUCCGGCAGCUCUCCCGCGUGAACCACCCCAACAUUGUGAAGUUGUACGGCUCUUGCAAUAAUCCCGUCUGCCUUGUGAUGGAAUAUGCUGAGGGCGGGUCACUGUACAAUGUGCUGCAUGGUGCUGAGCCCCUCCCCUAUUACACUGCUUCCCAUGCCAUGAGCUGGUGUUUUCAGUGUUCCCAGGGCGUGGCCUAUCUCCAUGGCAUGAAACCAAAGGCUCUCAUUCACAGGGACCUCAAGCCACCCAAUCUGCUUCUCGUGUCCGGCGGCACCGUGCUGAAGAUAUGUGACUUUGGAACAGCGUGUGACAUUCAGACCCACAUGACCAACAACAAAGGAAGUGCAGCAUGGAUGGCCCCAGAGGUAUUUGAAGGGAGCAACUACAGCGAGAAGUGCGACGUGUUCAGCUGGGGGAUCAUUCUCUGGGAGGUGAUCACUCGCAGGAAGCCAUUUGAUGAGAUCGGAGGACCAGCCUUUCGCAUUAUGUGGGCUGUGCACAACGGCACAAGACCUCCUUUAAUCAAAAAUUUGCCCAAGCCCAUUGAGAGUCUGAUGACCCGCUGCUGGUCUAAAGACCCCUCUCAGCGACCUUCCACCGAGGAGAUCGUGAAGAUCAUGACUCAUCUAAUGAAGUACUUCCCAGGAUCUGAUGAACCCCUGCAAUAUCCAUACCAGUAUUCAGAUGAUGGACAGAGCAACUCUGCGACUAGCACAGGUUCGUAUGUGGACUACACGAGCACAAGCGGCAAGAGCGACGCAAACAUGGAGCACAGCAACUCUCAAGGGAGCAACGACACCAUCAAGAUCCCGCCCCAGUUCGCUCCCUACUUCAAGCCCAAGGCAGACCCGUCGAGGACCCUGACUCUGUCCAGGGGGGGCAGUGUCGAGAGUCUGCCCGCGCGGACGCAGUGCCCGGCGUCGUCGGAGAUCAAAAGAAUGAGCGCCGACCUGUCGGAGCUGGAGCCCAAGAUGCCGUUCACGCCCGCAGCCACGAGCGACGCCCAGCGGCGCCGGUCCGUGCAGGACCUGCCAGGCCUCGGCUUAGAGUCCAGCCAGGGGAGCAGGAGCAGCAGCCGCUCCUCCAGCCCCAGCCUGAGGAUGAUGCCCGAUAAGACGAGCGGCCGAGGGUACUUCUCCCCCGACGACCCCACAGACACCAACGGCUCGGACAACUCCAUCCCCAUGGCGUAUCUCACGCUGGACCACCAGCUGCAGCCUCUCGCCCCCUGUCCCAACUCCAAAGAGUCCAUGGCCGUGUUCGAGCAGCACUGCAAGAUGGCCCAAGAGUACCUGAAGGUGCAGACGGAGAUCGCCCUGCUGAUCCAGAGAAAGAAGGAGCUCAUCGCCGAACUGGACCAAGACGAGAAGGACCAGCAGAACACGUCCCGGCUGGUGCAGGAGCACAAGAAGCUGCUGGAGGAGAACAAGAGUCUGUCCACGUACUACCAGAAGUGCAAAAAGCAGCUGGACCUGAUCCGGGUCCAGCAACAGAAGAGACAGGGCACGUCGUGAUGAGACGGAGACCCCCCCCCUCCACACCGGCACUAUGACGCUAAGCGCUCAAUCCCACACACACACACACACACACACACACACAAUGUUCCCAGUCCAGCUUUGUAAAGAGACCCGUGUCCUGCAUGACCGAACACCGAACAAUCACUGCAGCCCACGGGCCCCGGGGGGUCAGGACCUUUCCCCUUCAGUGAACCGAGCGUCUCUCCCUCCUCCCCCUCUUUCUUCUGUUUUUUCUGGUCUUGGGCCCUCUGUGAAAAGGGGGUUCUUUUCCUUUUUUCUUUGGGGGGGGGAGGGGGAAAGAAAAUGUGAAUCAUAUGCAAGAAUCUUUCGCCGUGCCGGACGCUGCAGACGAGGGAAUAGCUUUGGGGGGGGGGGGGGGGGUGUAAUAAUCUGUUCCUUGCGCUCUUCAAACGACACACGCCGAGCUUCUCGAGCAAACACGGGGAGCCGCGGACUCCUUCCCCUUUUCAUUUGGACUUCCGUAUUGGGUUUUAUGUGCGCGUCGAUGUUUCUGUUCAUUUCUUCCUUUGUCUUUUCUAUUCAGCCGUUCACUUUGUACGACGGCUCUUGUGUCGUCUCGGCGUCGGGACGUGUUUUAUCUGCUCCGGGGACGCCCUCGCGGACAGAAAUCGAGGAGCCCGUAGCUCCCGAUCCAGUAUCUAUACGGUUUGUUUUUAGUUCACAUGUUGCCUUAGAAGUCGCCUGCAUUUUAAGAGCUUGUUUUAUGUGACAUUUAGUAGGGACGAAAGCUCAACGGAGAGAGAAAAAAAUCUAUUUUUAAUGUAAUGACAAGUGAACGGAUUCUCCCCGGAGCCGAGCGAGCCGAUCAUGUAAACGUCGCCCAGCAGCCUGACAUCCAAAAUGUACUCAAAAAAAUGAAGAAUGUGAUUCAGUUUUGUUUCUUUAUGGAUUUCAAAACCCUUUCAUAAGUACUUUUGCACAAUCACUUUUCUUUUGUCUGGUCACGGACGCAUUUUAUCUCAUUUUAGCAAUUAUGGUUUUAAAAGGUUGGAGACUUGACGAGUCUUACUUUGAGAAAGUUCCUGUCCAGGAGUGGAUCUCCGCCGGAGUCUCCCUCGGGAGGCUUCUGUUCACGAAGAAUAUCAAUUCACCGCGCGCACGCCACGCCGUGCAUGGAGCGGUUCCCACGGCAGUGAGCAAGGCAUUAUGAAAUAAACUGAAUGGUGAAAAAGAU